UGGCGGUUACAGAGGAUCCAUUACAGCCGAGUGAGCUGAAUCUACUAACCUAUAUACCUCACCUGUUUCUCCUCAGACUGACUGACUGACUUGCCUUCUGAAGAGCUUGGCGCUUGGCUGCUCCUCUCUGUCUCUGUUAAGGAUGGAUUUACGCAGGAGCGCGUGCUGGACGCUGGUCGCGCUCUCUCUCAUCUUCCUCACCGCGCAAACCAGCAUCACGUGGGAGGUUCAGAGAUACGACGGCUGGUACAAUAACCUGGCCUAUCACCGCCGCGGGACCGCAGGUGCGCCGCUCAUGCGAUUCCUGCCCGCGCGCUACUCGGACGGCGCGUACCAGCCUCUGCGCGGGCUGCCCAACGCCCGCAAGAUCAGCAACGCCGCCACGCGGGGAGACUCCGCACUGCCCUCACAGCGCAACCUCACCGUGCUGUCCGUCUACUUCGGUUAUCAUGUAUUGUUUGAGAUUGCGGAAUCCCGAAGACCUGGCUGCCCUCCUGAGUUCAUGCACAUCCCAGUCUCAGCAGAUGACCCUGUCUUUGGGUCAAACUCCACAAAUGAAAAAGUCCUGCUCCCUUUCCAGCGUGCCCAGUGGGACCACGACACUGGAAAGAGUCCAAACAAUCCCAGAACACAGAUCAACCAUGUGACAGCUUGGAUAGAUGGCAGCUCAAUCUACGGCUCGUCCAGCUCUUGGUGUGACGCACUGAGGAGUUUCCAAGGAGGUCUGCUCUUGGCAGGUUCUGAUGACGGCAUACCAAAGCAAAGUGACAGCAACUAUUUCAUGUGGAGUGCACCAAAUCCCUGCAAUGGACAAACUGGCCCAGAGGGACUCUAUGAGUUUGGGAAUUCCUGGGCCAAUGAGAACAUCUUCACAGUAGCUGAGGGGAUUAUUUGGUUUCGCUACCAUAAUUACCUAGCCUCCCAGCUGCAGAAGGAACACCCGUCGUGGUCAGAUGAGGAGCUUUUCCAGCAUGCCAGGAAGAGGGUUAUUGCCACAUUUCAGAAUAUUGCCUUCUACGAGUGGCUGCCAGCGUACCUCGCAGUCUCAGUUCCUCAGUACCCAGGCUAUCAGAAAUACGUGGAUCCAGGCGUCUCUCCUGAGUUCCUGGCUGCUGUGGUGAGGUUUGGGUUGUCUCUGGUUCCCCCUGGUGUCUACAUGAGAAACAGGACUUGUCACUACAGGAGCAUUGUGAACUCUGAUGGGAGCAGAUCUCCAGCUCUGCGCUUGUGUAACAGUUUCUGGAACAGAAAUAAUGCAAACCUGCAAUCUGCAGAGGAUGUGGACGAUCUGUUAAUGGGUAUGGCUUCCCAGAUAGCAGAGAGAGAGGACAACAUAAUCGUUGAGGAUUUAAGAGAUUACAUGUACGGCACACUGCAGUUCUCUCGUUCCGAUGCAGUUGCUCUGACUAUUCAGAGAGGACGAGACUUUGGGCUGCCCAGUUUUAAUCAGGUCAGAGAAGCUCUCAACAUGCCGCCAGUCCAAACCUGGGUAGAGAUCAACCCCAAGCUAAACCAGACCAAUCCAAAGUUGUUUAAAGAUCUUGCUGAGCUGUAUGGGAAUGAUAUCUCCAAGCUCGAGCUGUUUGUAGGAGCUCUGCUGGAGUCAGACGGGAAAACUGGUGAUUUGGUCACCUCCAUCUACUUAGAUCAGUUUGAACGCAUCAGAAAUGCAGACCGAUUCUGGUUUGAAAAUAAGCAAAAUGGUUUGUUUACAGAAGAGGAAAUCCAGACUAUAAGGAACACCACAUACCAUGACAUCCUUCUGGCUGUUACCAGUGCACAGCAAGGAGACAUUCAGGAGAAUGUGUUCUUCUGGUUGAAUGGUGAUCCAUGUCCUCAGCCUCAGCAGGUCUCAGAAUCUGAUCUCGAGCCCUGCACCAAAGCUAUUUCCAUUAGUUACUUCGGCAUCAGCAGCAAAGUUGGCUAUGGCAUCAUAGUGAUCAUCCUUUUCCUCUUUCCUGUGGUGAGUUUGCUUGCCGCUUACAUAGUAGCAAGACUCCGGGCUACCAAGUACAGGAGGUUUUUGAAACGGCUGAGAGGCCCAAGCAAAGAUAAAGAACCUGCCAAUGGAAUUACAGCUUAUGAGUGGCAGGGGUACACAGAGACCCCUCAGGCAGUCAGCCUGGUGAUCGAUGAAAAGAAACGACUUCAGAUUUAUUCUGAAAAUGGAUCUACUAUGCGCUGUCACAACCUGGGCACCCAGGACUGCAUAGAAGUGUUGCUGUCCAAUGACAGCCAGCAUCGUGCCCUUCUCCUGAAGAUCCCCAAAGAAUACGACCUGGUGCUGUUUUUUGACCAUGACAUGCAGAGGACAGAUUUUGUAGGUCGUCUGCGCUCUCACCUAGAAGACAUGAACCAGAGCCUGGCAGUGUCAGAGAUGAGUGAAAAAGAUCUGCUGAAAGAGGCUGUGACCAAAGAGCAGCGAGCUCAGAUUGUGGAGACCUUCUUCAGACAAGCGUUUGCAAAAGUUCUAGACAUUGAAAAAAGUGAUGCAGGAGACCUGAGUGGUGUGUCCAGUAAGAAAACCAAAGAGGCUCUGCAGUGUGAGCUCACAGCAGAUGAAUUUGCCAACGCUCUUGGACUAAGGCCUGAUUCCCUUUUUGUGGAGUCCAUGUUUUCUCUGGCAGAUAAAGACGGCAAUGGAUACCUCUCUUUUCAAGAGUUUCUCGAUGUUAUUGUCAUCUUCAUGAAAGGAACCCCAGAGGAGAAGUCCAAACUCAUGUUCUCCAUGCAUGACAUCAGAGGAGAAGGCUACCUGUCCAAGGAGGAGUUCUGUUCUCUACUAAGAUCGUUCCUGGAAAUCUCUAGUAGUGUUCUAUCCAAGAAUCAAGCAGAUGAUGCAAUAGCUGCUAUGCUUCAGGCUGCAGGCUUUGAUAACAGAGAUCGCAUUACCUGGGAAGACUUUCAUCUGUUACUGCGAGACCAUGAAAAUGUCCUGCAGUUUGCACAACUCAACAUCAAAGGGAUGGAGAUGAACAGUUCUGACAGGCUGACCCAACCACGUGUGUCCUUUAUCAUUACAGACAAAAGCAGUUCCCCAUUUGAAAAGGAUGGUGACUUCAUGCACCAGUGCCUCGUUGAUGCUGGCCAAGAACUACGUCAAAGAAAAAAGUUGGGCUUCUCCAGCCCCAAGCUUUAUGUGAAGCCUCACAGAGAGCGUUACAUCAGGAGCCCGGUCCAGCAGAAGAUCCAGCAGUUUAAGCGCUUUGUGGAAAACUACCGCUGCCAUAUUGUGUGCCUUAUUAUCAUCUAUGGGAUCACGGCUGGGGUGGCUCUGGAGAGAUGCUAUUACUAUGGUUUACAGGCUGACUCCUCUGGAGUACCAGAAACCUCCAUAGUGGGCAUCAUCGUGUCUCGAGGAUCCGCUGCUGGCGUCUCUUUUCUGUUUCCAUACAUGCUCCUCACAGUGUGCCGCAACCUGAUUACCAUAUUCAGGGAGACCUUCCUCAACAGAUACAUCCCCUUCGACUCCGCCAUAGACCUCCAUCGCCUCAUGGCAAUGACGGCUAUCAUCCUUACAGUUAUUCACAGUCUGGGUCAUGUGGUCAAUAUAUACAUCUUCUGCAUCAGUGACCUCAGCAUCCUUGCCUGCUUGUUCCCCAAAGUGUUUUCCAAUAAUGGGUCAGAGAUGCCACAUGGAUGGACCUUCUGGUUCUUUUCUACUGUUCCAGGCCUCACAGGGAUCAUUCUGCUGUUGAUCUUAGCCUUUAUGUACGUCUUUGCUACGCACUACUUUAGACGUAUCAGUUUUAGAGGAUUCUGGAUUACACACUAUUUCUACGUGCUUGUUUACACCUUGACGGUGAUCCAUGGUAGCUAUGCCCUCCUCCAGGAACCACGCUUCUACAUCUACCUGAUUCCUCCUGCUCUCCUCUUCCUCCUGGACAAACUCAUCAGCCUCAGCAGGAAGAAGGUGGAGAUCCCUGUAGUGAAAGCUGAGCUGCUACCAUCAGGAGUGACACAUCUGGAGUUUAAGCGUCCCCAGGAAUUUGCAUAUCGUUCAGGGCAGUGGGUACGGGUGGCCUGUCUAGAGCUGGGCACGGACGAAUACCACCCCUUCACACUGACCUCCGCACCUCAUGAGGAGACCCUGAGUCUACACAUCCGCGCCGUUGGACCAUGGACCAGCAAGCUGAGAGAGGUCUACAACCCAGAACGACUGAAGGAGAUAGGAUCUUAUCCCAGACUGUAUCUGGAUGGGCCCUUCGGUGAGGGGCACCAGGAAUGGAAAGACUUUGAAGUGUCUGUUCUGGUGGGAGGAGGCAUUGGAGUAACUCCAUUUGCCUCAAUAUUGAAGGACCUGGUGUUCAAAUCUUCAGCGAAACUCAAAGUUCAGUGCAAAAAGGUGUACUUUAUCUGGGUAACACGCACACAGCGUCAGUUCGAGUGGGUGUCCGAUAUCAUACGAGAGGUUGAGGAGAUAGAUGAUCACGAGCUGGUGUCUGUGCACAUCUACAUCACUCAGCUGGCAGAGAAAUUCGAUCUGCGGACCACCAUGCUGUAUGUGUGUGAGCGCCACUUCCAGAAGGUGUGGAACAGGAGCCUGUUCACUGGCCUGCGCUCCAUCACACACUUUGGUCGUCCACCUUUCUUGGCAUUUUUCAACUCCCUGCAGGAAGUUCACCCUGAGGUGGGGAAAAUAGGCGUUUUCAGCUGUGGUCCUCCUGGUCUGACAAAGAACGUGGAGAAAGCCUGCCAGCAGAUUAACAAACGCGACCAAGCACAUUUCAUUCAUCAUUAUGAGAAUUUCUAGUCUGACUCUUUCUCUUUAAUGCACUGUAGCAAAAUGCUGCACUGAUAAUGAAGGGAUUUAUUUCAGUGAUACAUUUAUUUUCCAUUCUGAGUUGAGGUGAACAUGCACUGGGUCUGCAAUUUGAGCUUGAUUUUUUUUUAUCAGAAUUUCUUUUCAUUAAUAGUUUUUGUAAAAGUUUGAUUCAGGUAAUGAGAUGUAAAUGACUUUUGGUCUUCACUGUGACAUAAUAGCAAUAUGCACUGUUGUGAGUUCUUGAUCUUGUACUGUUGUGGUUGUGAUCACAUCUAAAUAUCGACUUUUCUGUAAAGCUGUUUCUACGGCUACAGGCACUUUUGGGCUGUCUGCACUUUUAGAAAAUUUACAUUUACAUUCUAAAUUUCCUUCGGGAUAAAUAAAGUAUCUAUCUAUCUAUCUAUCUAUCUAUCUAUCAUAGAACUGUAUUUUUGGCAUCAGAGGUUGACAUAUAAAUGACGAAAUAAAUAAAAUUAAUCAAAAUUAAA